GCCAGGUUCUUGGACCACAGUUCCCAAGGAACGGUUCGAAAGUCGGAAGCCCAUGGUUGGUGGCAUGGAGAGAGUUGCAGGGCCACAGCUGCGCGUUAUGAACGCGGAAGUGGGUGUGAUGCUGUCACUUGUCAUGAACCUGGACAAGAAGAGGAGUUCCUGAGAACAGGGCGGGCCAAAACAUCGCGUUGCUUGUGGACAUGAUGUUCAAUGAGGUGCAAUGAAAAGCCGUAGACGCGAGAGGAGGUUACGAGGAUGGCGACAGGGGAGGCAGGGGGGAAAGAAGCAUGGAAAAUGACAGCAACCCAAGGAAGGGAACGACGAUGGAGAUCUGAUGCAGGGGACGGUGCCUUACGUGGAGCAUCUUGGGAGCCUCUUGCCUUCUUUGAGACUUGCAACACUGGGUACGUAUUCGUACGGACAGGUUUGGGAGGGAAAGACCCGUUGUUCGGUUGUCGGUUCGUGGCUUCCGGUGCAGGGCAGCAGGUCGCCCAGUCACCAGUCCACCACGCCCAGGAAGGGAAGGCAGGCACGACGGAAAGUCCCUGGCUGUGCAGGUACGUCUCGACUCCCGCUUCCCAGUGGAAGGAAGCACAGGUUCCCAAAUCACAAUUCCCAGAUCCCAGGGUGAGGGCAAUGAGGCUCCCCUCUCUUCAUCUCGUCACCCCUCAAAGCCUCAAAGCCUCAAACCAACCCCAGCAAGACCCCAACAGCAAACACGGCGCAAUCGACGGCCAACCGGGGAACUGGAAAUCAACUACAAUUGGAAGGUCUGGAAGGUCCACGGCCAAAUUAAACCGUUGGCUGAUUGAGUUAUCCCACGGUGGAUUCGGUUUUGAUGGCCGUUGGUUUUUUGCUUUGCUUCUACGGAGUACGGAUACCCGAUACACUACGAAAAGAGAAAGGCAUUGCGAGCUUUUCUCCCCAUUCUCCUCGGGUUGCUUUCUUUUUCUCUUCCCUUUCGAGCAAGGGUUUCGUGUGUCUUCCAACCGUCUUGCAUCAUGCUCCACCAACAGCUGGCCAGCCGUCAAGAAUCCGCGCUAUGUGCAUGAGUCUUCCCUUUGAUCUCGACGUUUGGACUUCCGGUUCGUUGCUACCUACUCAAGUGUCGAACUCUCUUCCUUGCUGACAAGACACAGGCGGCGUUUCUCCAAUGUGUCGUGAGCCGUGACUCGGAGUCUAGAGUCUUAAUCAGCAUCACCUCCCUUCGCAAAUGACAUCUAAUAGUCGACCGGCGUGCGAAUCAUCUCCGUCCAUCCCGUGCAAUCCACAACGGGACCGCGCAUCGCCCGUCUCCCCCCAUCGCAAUUCCCAGACCUGACACUGACAGAAGCCCAUCCCUGCUUCAUCAUCGCAUCUAAUUACUUAUCGCGUGUAGAACACGCUACGGCGCUCUCGGGAUGCAAUUAAUAGCUUCAGGUACGGGCACUUCUGCUUCAUACGCUCAAGUCCCACAAACUUCGAUGG